CUCUUCAGAUUACAUACUGUGGGUUGGUUUUUCUUUUUUGCAUGAGUAAACAUCUUUCUAAUAAUGAACAGACCAAUGAUGUCUUAAGAGAGAAAAAGAACAGCCUUUUCCUUUUUGCUGUUUCUUGAGAGAACUGUUUGGAUUUAGAAACUCAUGUUGGCUGUCCAGAAUAUGAGAGUUGGCAUCUUCCUUUUGUGGUGGGGAUGGGUUUUGGCCACUGAAAGCAGAGUGCACUGGCGAGGAAGAGAAAUCCAUGAGAUGUCUAAGAAAGGCAGCCCAGUUCUGAAACGAAGCCCUGAUAUCACCAAAUCGCCACUGACAAAGUCAGAGCAGCUUCUGCGGAUAGAUGACCAUGAUUUCAGCAUGAGGCCUGGCUUUGGAGGCCCGGCCAUUCCUGUUGGUGUGGAUGUGCAGGUGGAGAGCUUGGACAGCAUCUCAGAGGUCGACAUGGACUUCACGAUGACCCUCUACCUGAGGCACUACUGGAAAGAUGAGAGGCUGUCCUUCCCGAGCACCAAUAACCUCAGCAUGACCUUUGACGGCCGGCUGGUAAAGAAGAUCUGGGUCCCUGACAUGUUUUUUGUGCACUCCAAGUGUUCCUUCAUCCAUGACACCACUACGGACAAUGUCAUGCUGCGGGUCCAGCCCGAUGGGAAAGUGCUCUACAGCCUCAGGGUUACAGUAACUGCAAUGUGCAACAUGGACUUCGGCCGAUUUCCCCUGGACACACAAACGUGCUCUCUUGAAAUUGAAAGCUAUGCCUAUACAGAAGAUGACCUCAUGCUAUACUGGAAAAAAGGCAACGACUCCUUAAAGACAGACGAGAGGAUCUCACUCUCCCAGUUCCUCAUUCAAGAAUUCCACACCACCACGAAACUGGCCUUCUACAGCAGCACAGGCUGGUACAACCGUCUGUACAUUAACUUCACGUUGCGUCGCCACAUCUUCUUCUUCUUGCUCCAAACCUAUUUCCCUGCCACCCUGAUGGUCAUGCUGUCCUGGGUGUCCUUCUGGAUCGAUCGCAGAGCUGUGCCUGCCAGAGUCCCCUUAGGUAUCACCACGGUGCUGACCAUGUCCACCAUCAUCACGGGCGUGAACGCCUCCAUGCCCCGUGUUUCCUACAUCAAGGCCGUGGACAUCUACCUCUGGGUCAGCUUUGUGUUUGUGUUCCUCUCGGUGCUGGAGUACGCAGCUGUCAACUACCUGACCACCGUGCAGGAGUGGAAGGAACGGAAGCUGCGGGAGAAGCUUCCCUGCACCUGUGGAUUACCUCAGCCGCACGCUGUCAUGCUGGAUGGCAGCUACAGUGACGUGGAGGUGAAUGACCUGGGCAGCUACAUGCCAGACAGUGGAGAGAAGCCGGACAGGAUGAUGGUGCAGCUGACCUUGGCCUCAGAGAGGAGCUCCCCGCAGAGGAAGAGUCAGAGGAGCAGCUACGUCAGCAUAAGGAUCGACACUCACGCCAUUGAUAAAUACUCCAGGAUCAUUUUCCCAGCAGCGUACAUUUUAUUCAAUUUAAUAUACUGGUCGAUUUUCUCAUAGAUGGUUAUAAUUCUAUAAAUUUCACAUUCUUUUGUGUGUACUACAGAAGUAUCUAUAUGACAAAAAAAUUACAAUGAAAAAAAGAUUUCACUAUCCACCUUUGUCCAGCUUUCCAAAACUACAUUGACAAGACACUUCCUGGUUUAAUUUGCAUUUAUUAACCAUCUAUUGUAUACACAGCAUUAUACUAUGUACUGCACGAAUACACCAUUAGCAACUGAUAAGAGUUGUUUCCGGGAUCUCCUGGAAAACCACCCUGCCAGGGUUGUGGGCCCACUAUAGUUCAACCUCUUUUAGACUCUAGAUGCUUAUUCACAUGAAUGAUUUCCUUUAUGUUACAUUCUUUGGGCUAGAUGGAAUUGGGUCGCAUCUCAAGCUCAUUUGCAGGGAAUAUACAUGCACCUAAAAAUCCCCACUUUAACCAAAAUUCAUGCUUUAGUUUAUAGUCUAGUUCCAAUUUUUGAUGUAUUGCCUCAUGUUUAUUUUAGUACAAGGCAAUACUAAUAUUCCUAUAUUUAUUUACAUCUAGUGGUUAAUGAGGUUUCACCUCUUCGCAAGAAAAUUUUUUUGGAUUGGUGCAAUUGCUUCUAAUUUUGAUGGGAAUUUCCCUGGUAGGGAAACUUUGAAGAUAAGGGUGUAUGCAUGCAUGCAUUUUGUCAGUUUUGUCAUUACAAUAACUAGACUAGAAAACUCAUGUUUAAGUGUUCCCUGUUUUAUAAUCACUGCCACCUUGAUGCAUGUCCUAGAUCAAAAUGAAGUCCUUGUAACUCAUUAGGAUGAGAAAUACACACAUGGUUUUUGAAGAGAAAAAAGAACACCAAAAAGAAAUGGGAACACAUGACUGGACAUCUGUAUUUAUAUGCAGUGAAUACCAGCAUUUUCUAUGAACCAGAAAACAAAGGCCACUAAUGUCAGGGCAUGGGAUAAAGGAGAGGGUUCUAAUUUAAUGUAUUACUUUAAAACAAAUAGUUACUUAUACUACAUAUGUAUAGGAUCAACCCCCACCAAACUUAUUCAAACAGCAUUUGUUUGAAACUCACUUUAAUAAAGUGAAUUCUAUACAUAAUAAUGUCCUUUUCAUUCCAAAGUUAAUCUGACUGAUCACCUAUAUUAAAUAUAUUUCUUCAUAUGCAGGGCUAUACUUUAUUCUCAUCUAAAAAAAAAAAAACAUUGUACAAAUCCUAAUUACAAGGCAAUCUCCCAUUUCCCCCAAUUAAAAGUUCAUCAAUAGAAAGUUUUUUCACACUCAAGUAAAUUCUUAAAGGGAUAUAGAAGAAAUAGUUAAACAUUAACUUUAAUAUCAAAAAAUUAUUUUUAAAACAUUAUUUUUUUCAUGCUUAUUUUAUGAAACAAUUUCAUGUUUUCACAGACAUCCUUGCCAGGGUCUUCUUCAUGACCAGGGCCACUUGGAGUCAUCUAGGUUUCCAGGGCAUAGCAUCUGAACUUCCAUCUACCUUGUUUGAGAAACUCCACCAUUUGAACCAGCACAUAGGAUGCUCUAUUA